AUGCUACGCGACGCCGUGGAGGGUCUCGCGAGGGAUCUGGCGCUCGACGUGGCGGUCGUCGAGGGAAACGCCGGGCGAUUGGUCGUCACGAACGAGCGGUUGCUGACGUGGCUCGAUCGCGGUGGGCAGUCCGCGGGGACGCGCGGGGACGACGACGACGACGGCGACGACGGCGGCGGCUCGAGACGGACGGCGGCGGCGGCGGACUCCGGGAUCCCCCCGGGGCCGGCCGCGCUCGGACGGCGCGCGCGGCGGUGGCGGCCUCGCGCGCGGCGGCCGAGCGGCGGCGGCGGCGGCGGCGGCGGCGAGCGCGCGAAGGACGUUCCGGGGCUGGACGUCGCGCUCCGGGAGUGGUUGAGGGACAACGCGUGAACGACGCGACGGAUCAAGCGCGCUGUACUAGUACGCGCAUACUGUAUUUUAUGACUGAUGCGCGUACACGU